CCGCCUGCUCGCCGGGCCGGGCCGCCUCGUUAUGUAACGCCCGCCGCUCCUCCGCGCUGCCUUUUGAGUUGUUGGGCUUGGUGAGUGGGGUGUGAAGGUCUGAGCCGUGAGGCCGCGGUGCCCGACGCUCUGUCACCGGCGGGCGGUGAGAGCUCGGCUCUGCAGGGGGGGAGGCAGCGGGCUGGACAUGGAGGGCAUGCACGAAAGCUGGGAAGGGGCUUUUCACAAGGGCACGUAGUGAUAGGACAAGGGGGAAUGGCUUUAAGUUGGAGGGGGUAAGAUUUAGACUAAACAUUAGGAAGAAAUCCUUCAUGCUGAGGGUGGUGAGGUGCUGGCACAGGUUGCCCUGUUGUUGGAAGUUGUGGCUGCCCCAUCCCUGGAAAUGGUCGAGGCCAGGUUGGAUGGGGCCUUGGGCAGCCUGAUCUAGCGAGGUAUCCCCGUGGCAGAGGGGUGGAACUAGAUGAUCUUUAAGAACCCUUCCAACCCAAGCCAUUCUGUGAACUCCCGACUGUCAUUCUUUUUUUAGUGUGUCUUAAAAUUAACAAGAUGACAAUCACUGCAACUUGGACUGUUGCUGUCUUGCCAAACAAGUAUGGAUAGAUGUAACUCCUAACAAAAUUGAAUCCGUUGAAUUUUACUGGUUUUGCUGCUACCAGGUGUUCUAAGACCAGAGGAUAAAGGCCCGCCAGUAACUUGUGCAGGGUGGCAUGAAAUACUGAGUCUCCCGGAAGAAUCUGGCUUGUGCAAGAGGCCUUAAUGUGAUUGCAAAUACAAAAAGCUGUUUUCAGUUGGUUGUUGAGGUAAACAGAAGAGUAACCAAUGCUUCAGAAGACGCAUUGUUGCAGAGAGGUAGAAAUGAACGAUUUAAAUAUGCAUGGUUGGAAAUAAUGGAAGAGUAGGAACCAAAGCUUUUAAAGGUUUGUUAUUGCUAAGCAAUGCUUGAAGUUUGUUUGGAUGGCAUCUAAAUGAUGAAUGAGCAAGCUGAAUGUUGCACUUGUGCAGCAAAUUUCUUAUUUAUGCCUGCCUGCUGCUUUUUUCUGUGUUGCUCUCUCUACGUCUGGAUGACAAAAUUCAAUGGAGUUACUGGGCGGUGUUUGCUCCCAUAUGGCUAUGGAAGUUAAUGGUGAUUGUCGGUGCCUCAGUGGGAACAGGAGUAUGGGCCCGACACCCGCAGUAUCGAGCAGAAGGAGAAACCUGUGUGGAGUUCAAAGCUAUGUUAAUUGCAGUUGGCAUCCACCUGCUGCUGCUGAUGUUUGAAGUUCUGGUGUGUGACAGGAUCGAAAGAGGAACCCAUUUCUGGCUUCUGGUCUUCAUGCCUUUAUUCUUUGUAUCUCCAGUGUCAGUCGCAGCCUGUGUGUGGGGGUUCCGACAUGACCGGUCUCUGGAGCUGGAAAUUUUGUGUUCAGUCAAUAUUCUACAGUUCAUAUUUAUUGCACUCAGAUUAGAUGAGAUCAUCAGAUGGCCAUGGCUUGUUGUUUGUGUUCCACUGUGGAUCUUGAUGUCCUUUCUGUGUCUAGUAGUGCUCUAUUACAUUGUAUGGUCUGUUCUAUUCUUGCGCUCGAUGGAUGUGAUUGCUGAGCAAAGGAGGACCCACAUAACAAUGGCUGUCAGCUGGAUGACAAUUGUAGUUCCACUGCUCACAUUUGAGAUCUUGCUAGUACACAGGCUGGAUGGGCAUAAUUCUUUUUCUUUUAUACCCAUAUUUGUUCCUCUCUGGCUUUCACUGAUAACUUUAAUGGCAACAACAUUUGGACAGAAAGGAGGAAAUCACUGGUGGUUUGGAAUUCGCAAAGACUUUUGCCAGUUCUUGCUGGAAAUUUUCCCAUUCUUACGAGAAUAUGGAAACAUUUCUUACGAUCUUCAUCAUGAAGAUAAUGAGGAAACAGAAGAAACACCACUGCCUGAACCACCAAAAAUUGCACCAAUGUUUCGGAAAAAGACUGGGGUAGUCAUUACACAGAGUCCUGGAAAAUACGUAAUUCCACCUCCCAAAUUAAACAUUGAUAUGCCAGAUUAAGAUGACAGUAGCAUAUUAAACUUGAACUGGGAAUCAGCAGACAAAUGUAUUUCAUCUCAUGCCUUGUUCCCAUUACUUUAAAAUAGGUUUUGUUGAAUCAGUGGCUUGGAUUACACAAAUCUGAGAUUUCGAAGAUAAUCUGAGAGUUUUUUCAGAGAUACAUGAUGGUCUAAAUCGUGAACCUUCCUAAUGGGUUGGUUGCACCCUUGCCUGUAUAGUAUUUAUAUGAACAUUUUAGCAGUGUAAUAUAUUGUUUAAAAGUCUUGUUGUGUACAGUGUAAGUAUUAUCUAAAAAGUAUUUUUUUAAAAACCCUGUAUGAAAUGCCUUUGCUGUUCCAGGUGUCUUAGGUCCUAAAUAUACACUUGAUUUCCAUGUCUGUUUUAAAUGUUUUUUUGGGGGAUGCUUUAGUAUAGUACCUCUUCUACGUCUUUUUCUGUUUAGCCACAAUCAUUGUCUUAAUCACAGAGGCACAGGAGCGUUGAACUUCUCAGGCAAGACUGGAAAGCUUUUUGGGGGAAAUUAGAAUGUAUAGCUAUUUCCAUGAUAUUUUUGAGUUAGCUAUGCAAAUUUUUGUGUAUUUCAACUUUAGAACUGGCUUGGGAGUCAAGUAUUGCUUUUGUGGUUUUCCCAGUUCCAUGUUUUAAUUUUUGAGCAGCACAUGCACCAUUCUCCCAUUAGACUGUUUAAUAAGAUGUUCCCUCUUGCACUGUGCCUGCAGUCUAUGCCUGGAGCAUUAGUUGUAGAUUUUAUAGCUGUUGGUUAGAUGGUAUAAGUAUCAUAGCUUGGUCUUCAUUACCAACUUUGUAUUGGGGUGUAAUUAAACUUUUUAAGAUAGGAACUCACUGGUGUUGGUAUAGCCUUUCCUUGUCUGAAAGAAGACCUGCUUUGACAGAUUGUCUUGGAUUUCCAAGUGCUUUAAAGAAAUUUAGCCUUUGAAGCCUAUAUUCCAGUGGCUUAUAACAUAUGGCAGAUAGUUAUACACCCUUGGAGCUGUUCUUUGUGUUUAGGUGAACCUGCAAUUGAGGUAGCUUAAAUAUCAUGAAUCAUGUUUAUUCAGUUUUAUCACGGCAAUCAGAUAAAAGCAAAAAGCAUAUUGACACUUAGGCAUGUGUAAAAGGUGCACACCUGAAAAACUUAAGAGACAUGGGUUAGUAGGCAUGGUGUUGGCUGAUGGUUGGACUUGAUUAUCUUAGAUGUCUCUUCCAACUUUUAUGAUUUGAAGUGGUGCUUUUAUUCCUAACACUGCAGACCUUCCUUUUCCUUCUUGAGGACCAGCUAAAAGCUGAAACCCAGCACAGCCCUGUUCUACCACUACAUCUAAAAUUUCAUUGCAGCUUUAUUCGCUUUCUGGCUCUUGCGUCAGAAAAAAAAAUAAAUCAGUAAAUGAAUAGCAAUGAGUGCUAUUGAGCACUUGCUGUUGCUGUUCUGUGUUGGUCACUUCCUUUCAGAUGGCUGUCUGGCAGGACAGUCUUGCUGCUAAGGUAGAUGUUUUCCACUGAAAAAUUUGCUCAAACUAGGGAAAAAGAAUUUGAAAUGGAGCUUUCCUCCAAGGAACCUUCAUGUGAUUGUGUUCUGGCCAAGGCAGUGGAUUCAUCAGCCUCAACUUCUCGCUAUCCAGCACAUGAUAAGAGAGCAGUGAGUGAUGCUGCCUGUGGAUCUCCAGUAGACGAAAGGCCUUCACAAACUUUUGCUGAGCAAUUCCAGUCAGAAAGCAAGCACGUGAGUUCAGCUGAGGACAGCGCAGAGGCAACUCCUUAACAUGCCUCAGCUCUCUGAAGAAGCUUUAGGAUGUUGUCGAAAGUGAUCUGUUUGAGUCCAUUUGGUGGGGAAGCACCAGAAAGUGUGUAGUGAAGAUCUAUUCCAAGAGGAAGUACUAGCAAGGAGGGGACAUCUGAGAAUUUCUGAAUGCAAGACCAUGGAAAGCUUCAUGAGUACAGAUUCACCAGAAAGCUCCAAGAUUUUCCUAAAUCAGGCUCACGUAAUGACUUUCUAGCAGAAGCAGCAGCUAGGGAGGAGGUAUGUUACAUCCUUUGUGUGCAAACUAACUCUCAGAAUACUCUAGCAGGACAGAGUUCUGUACUGAUGAAAUAAGCCCUUACUAGGUAGGAGAUGAGGAAGGCAGUUCUGAUUGUCAUUUGUUUCUCAGCACAUGUUCUGGAGUUUUUGAGGUAGCAUUUUUGAGUAGUAGAAAUGCUGAUAAAAUUUACAUUUCCAAUUACUUGAAAUGCACCAAGUGAAAAUAUAUUCUCAUCAUACUCGGAUUUUUGGGGGCACUUGCUGUGUGUCUUGCUGUACAAGAUGUGCAGUUUUCUUGUGGCAUUUGCUAAAGGCUGAGAAGGUACAUGUCAGCAUCAUACAGCUACGUACAUGUUCAUUGCAGACUGAAGUGGCUGCAAAGUAAUGGUAUUUAGGUUUCUAAAUCAGUUCAUACAUUCUCUGCUACCAAACCGGAAAAGCACAAGGCCAGUUUCUACUUAAUAGGAGUGUACCACACCAUUUUAUUCAGCCUGAACUUCAGGCUUGUAACACCCCUGACAGUCCUUUUCAGCAUUCGCCUUUCUCUUUUGCAAUUACAAUUCUCACUUCUCCUAACUUUGUGGUUUCCAGUCUUAAAGUGGUGGCAAUUAACUCUUUUCCUUUGCAGUUUUUUUUAGUUUCACUUCUACUGCAACCCAGAUUUCCAACUUUUCCCCUGUCUGCUAAUGAAGUAUAAGAAAAGAAUUGUUCCAAAAAACUGAACGUCAGCAGGGUUUUCACCAGCCACAGAGCUGAAUGCAUGCAGCCGGAAAAGAAAAGCAGCCAUUGAGCUUGUGUGGGAAACCACUUUGAAGGAGGAGAACAGUCCAUUCGCAGCAGCUCCAAGGGAGAACACAUGCACCUCUACGCCCAGGACAACUGCACUUGCCAAGCAAUGUGCCACGGCAGCUGCCUGAGUCAGACGUGUCUCUACACCUGCACACACACUGCUCUGACAACUUCCAACCCUGGGGCAGCUCAGUCUGAUGCUCUUGGACCCCAGCCCAGGGCAUGCUAGGUACACUUCCCCAGACUGUUAGAAAUUCCAUAUUCCAAAGAGUCUACCUAGUGUUCCAAUAACCUUUCUGAACGCAAAGCCUCUGCCAGUUGUCCUGUCUGGUUUUCACUGCCAUACCUGUGUCUGGCCUUGGGCUUUGCUUCCAAAAAUCAAAAGGUUUUUCAUUUUAAUUCAGGGUGUGAAUGUUGAAAAAGUCUUAGAAGUGCCAAAAUUAGUGACAUCUAUUUGUUACUCCUCAAACUUGUUUUUAAUUCAAUAUUUGAUUUUCAAAGCUUACUAGUAUU